GUGGAGUAGCGUUCAGCAGGAGGAAGUCAGGCAGUGUGCAGACGGCUGUUGCCUCUGGGGCUGAUCAGGAAAUCAAGGAGAAUCUCCACCAUGGACCCACUAUCAACAAGCCAGUCCUCUGAAGACCAGCCGGCAGCCCAAUCCCCGCUAACCUCCUAUCGCUGGCACAUGGGAGGUGGAGAGAAGGGGGCUGGAGGGUUUCACUGGGGCCGCCUAGCUGGCUGGGGGAGGGCACUGAGCCACCAGGAAUCCAUGGUCAGCAGCCAACCUGCCCGUCGCUCGUUGUUCCGUCGUGUCCUCUCUGCGCCCCCCAAGGAGUCAGGCACCAGCCAUCGCAGAAUAUCCAAGACCCUCUGGGGAAGGCAUAAGAGCCCACCACUGGAGCCAGAGCCAGAGCCAGAGACCUCAGAGCCUGAGCCAGAGCCGCAGCCCCCUACCCCACAGAUCCCCGAGGCUCCCACACCCAAUGUGCCUGUCUGGAACAUCGAAGCCUUCACUCUGCUAGAUGGGAGGCUGGUGAUGCUUGGGGGUGAGGAAGAGGAACAGGGUCCUCGCCAGUCCCGGGUGGGGAGUGCUAGCUCUGAGAGCAGCAGCCAGGUGGCCAUGGGGAACCUCAGGGAUCCAGACCGAAUCUCUGGAAAGACUGAACCAGAGGCUGCUGGCCCCAACCAGGUUCACAACGUUCGGGUGAGGCAUCCAGGAUUGCUCAAGCGGCUGAAAGAAAAGAAAAAGGCCAGGUCAGAGCUGGGAGCCAAUGCCUCGCGGGAUGGACCCCCCAGUGCUCUGGGCUCUCGGGAAUCUCUGGCCACACUCUCUGAACUGGACCUAGGCGCCCAACGAGAUGUGCGGGUCUGGCCACUGCACCCGAGCCUCCUAGAGGAGCCCCACUGCUUCCAGGUAACGUGGGUAGGUGGAAGCCGCUGCUUCUCCUGUCGCUCGGCUGCUGAGAGAGACCGCUGGAUCGAGGACCUUCGUCGUCACUUUCAGCCCAGUCAGGACAACAUGGAACGCGAAGAGACAUGGCUGAGCGUUUGGGUGCAUGAAGUGAAGGGACUGCCCCGGGCGGUAGCGGGGCCGCCAGGAGUGCGCGUUGAGCUGUGGCUAGACGGCGCGCUGCUGGCGCGCACCGCUCCGCGGGCUGGACCGGGCUCACUGUUCUGGGCAGAGCGCUUCCACUUCGAGGCGCUUCCGCCAGCGCAUCGUGUGUCAUUGCGGCUGCGCGGAGCGGGCCCAGGGAGCACUGCGCUGGGCCAUGCGACCCUGGCGCUAGAGGAGCUGGGCACCCCUCGUGCGCCAGCCACGGGCCUGGAGCGCUGGUUCCCGCUGCUCGGGGCACCAGCUGGCGCGGCGCUGCGGGCGCGCAUCCGGGCACGGCGCCUGCGCGUGCUGCCUUCUCAGCGCUACAAGGAACUGGCGGAGUUUCUCACUUUCCACUACGCACGUCUCUGCAGAGCACUCGAGCCGGAGUUGUCCGCGCAAGCCAAGGAGGAGUUGGCGGCUGCCAUGGUGCGCGUGAUGCGAGCCACCGGCCGGGCGCAGGCACUGGUGACAGACCUGGGAACCGCAGAACUGGCUCGCAGUGGUGGCCGUGAGGCACUGCUGUUCCGGGAAAAUACAUUGGCCACCAAGGCUAUUGAUGAGUACAUGAAGCUGGUGGCACAGGACUACCUCCAAGAGACGCUGGGGCAGGUCGUGCGGCGUCUUUGUGCCUCCACUGAGGACUGUGAGGUGGACCCCAGCAAGUGCCCAGCCUCAGAGCUGCCCCAGCACCAAGCCAGAGUGCAAAACAGAUGUGAGGAGGUCUUCAAGAACAUCAUCCACUCCUAUGAAUGGUUCCCAGCAGAGCUGGGCACUGUGUUCUCAGGCUGGAGAGAAGCAUGCAAAGCAAGAGGCUCCGAGGCACUGGGCCCCCGGCUGGUGUGUGCCUCUCUCUUCCUGCGGCUCCUGUGUCCGGCCAUCCUGGCACCCAGCCUCUUUGGCCUAGCACCAGAGCACCCGGCACCUGCCCCAGCCCGUACCCUCACAUUGAUUGCCAAGGUCAUCCAGAACCUCGCCAACCGUGCCCCGUUUGGUGAAAAGGAGGCCUACAUGGACUUUAUGAAUGGUUUUCUGGAGAAUCAUGGACCUGCCAUGCAACACUUCCUGGACCAAGUGGCCAUAGUGGAUGUGGAUGCAGCACCCAGUGGUUACCAAGGCAGCAGUGACCUAGCCCUCCAGCUGGCAGUCCUGCAUGCCCAGCUCUGUACUAUCUUUGCUGAACUUAACCAGGCAACCCGUGACAGCCUGGAGCCCCUGCCCACCAUCCUACAAGCCAUUGAGGAAGGCCGGCCUGUACCUGUGUCUGUGCCGAUGCGUCUUCCACCACCCACAGCCCAGGCCUGCUCCAGCUUUUCGGCAGGGGAGAAACCCGGUUUCCUGCCCCCUCGGGACCUCCCCAAGCAUACCCCUCUCAUCUCCAAGAGCCAGUCGCUGCGCAGCGUUCAUGGCUCAGGAAGCUGGGCCCGGCAGCGGCUAGAUGAGGACCGGCCCCCACGGCAGCCCCGGCCAGUACAGCGCACGCAGAGCGUACCAGCUGGCCGCCCCGCUCGCCGCCGCCCGUCUGCAGGACCUCGGCCGAGACCAAAAGGCUCCCUACGCACUGGCCCCGCGCUCCGCGGCCGGCCCUGGACCGGGGCCUCGGCCUCGCUGCCUCGGAAGCCGUCAGUACCCUGGCAGCGCCAGCUGGACCAGCCGCGAGACAGAGACCAAGCGCUAAGCACGCACCGACCCGCGGGCAAGCUAGCAGAGCUGCAGUGCGAGGUGGCCGCCCUGCGCGAAGAACAGAAGAUGCUGUCCCGCCUCGUGGAGUCGCUGGGCACCCACAUCCGGGCCUUGACCGAGCAGCAGCAGCAGCUUCGCGGCCAACUGGAGGACCUGGACUCCAAGAUUGGGGGAAGGACCUCGCAUUUGGAUCCAGUGCACAACCCUCCAAUCAGUGAGGCCCACAAGAUGAAAAGUCUGGAGCACCGCCUGGCUGAAAUGGAGAGUUCUCAAGCCCAGCUGAGGGAUGCCAUCCAGAGCCUGCAGCACCUUCCAAGGACACCAGGGCCCGUGCUCCUCAAAGCACCCUGCAUUAAUGGAGACACCACCUGAGUUGCCCACUCUGCCCUGCGUGGUCUGAGAGCAGAGAGAUAGCUGUUUUAGGGGCCCUGCCUCAGCCCUACAUGGCCUACAGUGGAGCACUAGGUGGCAACCAGCCUGGCACUGUGAAGUUGCCCAGUAAAAUCUUGAUUUCAGUAAAAUCGAUGGUUUCUUUGUCCCUAACUGUUGCCAAUCAGAAAGCACUACCCCAAUUCAGCUCUCCCAAGUUCUCCCCUAAUUGGAGGGCUCAUGAAGGGGGAGAUGUAAAGAGAUUCGCACUAGCUGUGUGACUUCAGGCCUUCACUCUCUCAGAGCCUCAUUGUUCUCAUCUGUAAAUUGGAUCUAAAGGUCCUUACGUAGUACACGACCUGUAGUUUAAAGUACUCAAAAAAAGGUAUUCAUCAUUUGUUAGGCCCAAUACCUACUUCUUAAUAAAGCUCAGAUCCCACCUCCACCAACCCCCAGGCCCCAAGUCAGAGCAUCUUCCAGGGCCCCUAAAUCCCAUACCAGUUCCCUCAUGGUAGGGCAAACAUGCGUUUGGGAAGCAGAUGAAGGAAGGGGCAGGUAGGUGUGGAGAUAGUUGAGCUCUAUGGGUGUUGGUUGGGUAAAUGAGUGAACAUUUGAAUUAUGGGUGAGGGGUAGGGUAGGUGGGACAUAGGUAAAUGAGUAGGUUAGCAUUUGCUAGAUGUUUGCACCGGUAGGUGAGUCGUUAAGUAGGUGGCUGGCUGGGAUAGGUAUGUCUGCCUAGAAAAGGCCCAUA